UUUGCAUUUAUAAAUAUUUAGUAAUUUAUAUUUAUUUUUAUAUUCAUAAUUUACAAUAAUGUCGAAUAUUGUGCAAUAUAUCAUUGUGCGUAGUGAUCUGCGAUCCAGUUUGGGGUGGCCAUUAGGCGCAGUGAUAGCACAAUGCUGCCACGCGACAGCGGCUGUAACGCAUUUAUACGCAGAUGAUGAGGAUACAAUUUCUUACUUAAAGGAUUUAGAUAAUAUGCAUAAAGUGGUAUUGGAGGCAAAAGACGAAGCGGCGUUAGUGAAGGUGGCGGAAAAACUGAAAACAAAUGAAAUUAAACAUAAGCUAUGGAUAGAACAGCCAGAAAAUAUUCCAACGUGUAUAGCAAUAAAACCCUAUGUUAAAGACAAUGUGCAUAAGUUUGUUAAAAAUCUAAAAUUGCUCAAAGAAUAAAAAGGAACAAAGUAAAGUUGGACGGACAA